GGGAGGGAGCGCCCGACCACGAGAGGAGCAUUCCUCCGGUGCUGGCGUCUUUUUAUAGGAACUCGGUCGGUCGCAGCCGCAGGCACGCGGCCACGGGCUCACGAAGAAACACACUCGGGUUGUGCGCGUGUGGGUUUUCGAAGGGGGGGACUACACCCUCGGACACUGGUCGGGGCUCGCCUCCAGGACAGCGGGGAGCCAGCUGAGCGUUCCGCACGCGGCCAUGCACGCGGCUCUUCGACGCAGCUAGCGCGCACUUCUCCUCCGUCGCGGCUGUCUGUCAUCCUCCCCCUGCGUGCUUGAGCGCUCGUCGUGCCCUUGGCGAUGACGGCGGUGGAGAGCGCGGCGGCUGUCUACCAACAGCCGUCGCCGCCGGGCCAGCUCUUGAACUUGGUCUACCUAACGCUCGCGGACCAGACGCUGCACGCCGUCGACCAGGUCAAAUACAGCAUGCCGCCAAUGGUAGCCCCUUCUGCUUACUCUGGUGAAAGCUACUGUGGCGCGUACACCACGGCUGGAUACCCAAACGGAUACUCCGAUGGAUACUGCACGGAAUAUUCCCCCGGAGGUCCGUUCACUGAGCUGGCGGAUCAAUUCUCAGAGCUCAGUCUGGGAGGAGGGGACCCCAGGGCGGCCAGAAAGCCUCCGCCAAACUAUCUUUGCCACUUGUGUUUUUGCAAGGGGCAUUACAUCAAGGACUGUCCGCAGGCACGCCCGAAAGGGGAAGGCCUCACUCCCUACCAGGGCAAGAAGCGCUGCUUUGGCGAAUACAAGUGCCCAAAGUGCAAACGGAAGUGGAUGAGCGGCAACAGCUGGGCCAACAUGGGACAGAAAUGCAUCAAGUGCCAUCUGAACGUUUACCCACACAAACAGAGACCACUGGAGAAGCCGGAUGGCCUGGACGUCUCGGACCAGAGCAAAGAGCAUCCACAGCAUCUGUGCGAGAAGUGCAAGUCACUCGGCUACUACUGCAGGCGCGUCCUGUAGGGGAUCGAGCGACAACCUCUCUCCGCCAAGCCUUUCCGGUGCCUCUGUGGUGUACAGUAGAGUUCAUUUACGUGGCUCCCAAAAGCCUAUACAGUAAUUCUAUAGCGUACUGCGAUGGCGCGCUCCCCAUAUGAGGAACGUUUGUUAACACCCGAGAACGCCAUUUACGCAGAGCACGGCGCCAGUGUAUGUGUGAGCGUGUGUCGGUUGGUGGGCGAGCACAAGGGAAUCCUCUAUAGCGUGUCUGUAGUCUGCAUAGCGGCGGCGUCGACAGUCAACGUGGGCAGAUGACCGACGUUUUGAUCGCCGAAGCCAUCAACGGCGGGUAUUCUCACUUUUUGGUGGUAUUCUCGACGCUUACUGAAUGACCUAUGCAGUAUACUUCACACCGCCCUUUUCUUUUCUUUCGCCGUGUUCCUGAUGUAAACGUGGUACGUGUUUAAUGCUACAUUUUUUUCCCUUGCAAGUCGAUUAACGGAAUCGGAGCGCUUUAAGCUGCAUUCACAUGAGAGGACGGAUUGCUGCACUGUGGCUUGUUUACUCAGAAUAAACGUUAUUUUCUAAA